AUGGUCUCAGAGUACUCGUUGGAGGGACUGGACGAGCGACUGAACAAACAUCGUCAAGCUAUAGAGGCUCUUGUCGAGCUCAUACCUCCAAAAUGGUAUCUACCAACCGAUGAGGAUUCUAUGCCUGUGAAUUCAAGGUAUAUGAAAAACACUAAAAACCAAGCUCCAAAGCAGGCCAUCAAAGAAGCUACCAGGAAAGCAAAGAAGGCAAAGCUCAACCCUGACAACUACAAGAGUGUAGUCCAACUUGAGAGAGAAGAGCUCAACGGCCAAGACCGGAAAGAAGGCAAACAAUCAGAUAACGAUGACGAAGCAGCUGGUCCUCAAAGGCUACCAACCAUCGCAAAUCCAAAGGAACGAGCUGCAUCCGCUUCAGAACUACGAGCUAGAUUACACGCUCGUAUCGAAACUUUACAAUCUAAACGCAACAUAUCUUCCAAGGGUGAAGGACGUGCUGCCUUGAUUGAAAAGAGAUUGAAAAAGAAGGAGGAACGUAAGAAAGAUCGUAAAGAAGUCAAACAUCGUAUUGCUGCUAAUGAAGGUGGUGAUGAAUUGACUACCAAUAUUGGACGUGUAACUGAUUCUAAUGAUGGUGGAAAGAAGGAUGUUGUUGCUGCCUUGUCAUUCGGAAAGAUUGAGUAUGGAGAUGCUGCACCAAAGAAGCGUAAAGGCGAUACCUUGGGAUUAUUGAAAUCGGUCGAAGCCAAGAAACGCAAAUUAGACGAAAUCAAGGCAAAAGAUGCUGACAAACAUGCAGCCAUUAUGGAAAAAGAUGCUUGGUCGCAAUUAGAAAGGAAGGCUGAAGGUGACAAGAUCAAGGAUGAUCCUAAAUUACUCAAACAGACUUUGAAACGUGAACAGAAACGUAAACAGAAGUCCUCUGAAGAGUGGGAUGAACGUAAAUCUCAAGUACAAAAGUCCCAAGAUGAUCGCCAAAAGAAGAGAGCAGAGAAUAUAGCUAAUCGUAAAGCUUCGAAAAAGACUGGCCAGAAGGGUAAAGGUAGUAGCAAAGGUAAAGGCAAAGGUACCGACUCCAAGAAGCCUAGACGACCUGGGUUCGAAGGUCGUGCCCGAUAG